AUGGCACCUGCCGAGUUCACAAAAGAGCGACAUAUCAAGUACUUUUUGCGCUGUCUCCGCACCUUACUGCCUCACCAAUACACAUCUGGUGACUCGGGCCGUAUCCUUCUCGCUUUCUUCAUCAUUUCCGGGCUCGAUCUCCUCGGCGUGCUCAAGACCAAGACCACCGCCGAGGAGCGGCAGCGCUACAUCGACUGGCUAUAUCAUUGCCAACACCCGUCUGGAGGCAUUCGGGGUUUCACUGGUACCAUCUUUGGCGGAGACGAUAAACGAACCCCCGAAAACGAAGCCUGGGAUCCGGCAAAUCUGCCCUCUACCUUUUUGGCGUUGGAGACAUUGCUCUUGUUGGGCGACGAUUUCUCGCGGCUGAAUCGGAAAGGGUGUCUGAUCUGGCUGCGGAAGCUGCAGCGAGAGAAUGGCAGUUUUGGAGAGACUCUUGGAGUGGAUGAGGAGAUUGAGGGAGGUAGUGAUCUGAGGUUUUGCUAUUGUGCCGCUGGCAUCAGGUAUCUGCUUCGCGGUCCGCACAAGAAUGAUGUGCCGGGUGUUGAGGAUAUCGAUGCGGCGAGAUUGGUGUCUUUUAUCCAAUCUUCUCAGUCGUAUGAAGGUGGUUUGGCAGAAGCAUCCUUUUGUGAAGCUCACGCGGGCCAUACCUACUGCGGAAUUGGCGCUUUAUCUUUCUUAAAAAGAACGGAUGGAAAUGUUCAAGAAACGGAAUUAUUACUUCCCCAAAGCGAAAGAUUCAACUCUCUUCUCAGUUUUCUUGUUUCGAGGCAGACUACGGAAUUAGAAGAGGAGGAGGAUGACGACGACGAAGAUGAACACAGCGAUUCAGAAGACCCAGAAGCAGCAACGAACCCUGUCUUAGAGACAAAGAUGGCCAUGGACUCGCUUUCUUUGAAUGAAAAAUUCGAAAUAUUACCGGACCUCCUACCACAAAAUGCCGACUCAUUGGUGUGGGCCGGCUUCAGCGGCCGCUCUAACAAAAUCGCAGAUACAUGCUAUUGUUUCUGGGUGACAGGGGCUCUAGAUAUCAUUGAACAAUUGCCCGUUAUCAAUGCAACCAGUCUCCGUCGAUACCUCCUGGAGAAGACACAACAUAUAAUUGGAGGGUUCGGAAAAUCUGUGGGUGAGCCACCAGAUCUUUACCACGCCUACCUGGGCAUGAUGGCUCUUGCCCUGAUCAAUGAGCCUGGACUUGAAGCUGCAGAUGCAACAUUGUGCACAGGAGCAAGUCUCUCACAGAACCUGGAGUCUCUCCCAUGGUGGUAG